AUGAAAGGAAUGUUUCAAAAUGAAAGUGCUAUUUCGGUGGUUGGUAAUAAUGAUCUGUGUGGAGGUAUUCCAAAAUCGCGUCUUCCUCUCUACCCAUCCUCAAAGUCUAACAAGAAUAAGCUCUCUCACAAGACAAAAGUGAUACUCACUAGUGUGGUUGUUCUUGUGUUAAGUUCAAUUUUGUUGGUUUGCUUAUUCAUAUUCCUUCAUUGGCGACGUGUUUCAAGAAAGAAGGCCUUUUCGGUGCCAUCACUCAAGCACCAUCUGUUACGGGUUUCUUAUGUAGAGCUUUUGAAAGCUACUGAUGGAUUCUCAGAGGACAAGCUAAUUGGUGUUGGGAACUAUGGUUCUGUUUACAAAGGAAUUCUUGACCAAGUUCAGACAAAAGUGGCUGUGAAAGUACUCAAUCUCCAACGUAGAGGAGCUUCUAAAAGUUUUAUGUCAGAAUGCAAAGCACUAAGAACCAUAAGACAUAGAAAUCUCUUGAAAAUUUUGAGUGCUUGUUCUAGUGUGGAUUUCCAAGGUAAUGAAUUUAAGGCUUUGGUGUAUGAGUUUAUGGCCAAUGGAAUCUUAGAGAAAUGGUUGCAUCAUGAUGGAAUCGAAAAUAAUGGACAAGAAGAAGAAUCUAGAAAUCUAAAGUUUAUUCAAAGGCUAAACAUUGCCACAGAUGUUGCUUCUGCAAUUGAGUAUCUUCACUGUCAUUGUGACUCAACAAUUAUUCAUGGUGAUCUAAAGCCGAGGAAUGUUCUUUUGGAUGAUGAGAUGAUCGCUCAUGUUGGAGACUUUGGGUUAGCCAAAAUUAUCUCCACUAUUUCAAAUGAGGUGGUACAACAUCAGAGCAAUUCAACUGCAAUAAGGGGAACUAUAGGCUAUGUUGCUCCAGGUAUGGGUUCUUUAUAA